CGUUUUACCAUUUUACACUGUCUCAGAUGCGAUGAUUAAGUGUUUCACAUUGCUAGUCGGUCUUUUGCUGGUGAAUGUUCCUCCCGUGGCGUCUAACAGCAGGAGCUUCUCUGUAGACUGGGACAAUGACAGGUUCUUGAAAGAUGGCAAGCCAUUCACAUACCAGUCCGGGGGCAUGCACUACUUCAGAGUACCACAUCAGUACUGGAGCGACAGGAUGAACAAGAUAAAGUUGGCGGGUAUGAACACACUGCAAACCUACAUCUCCUGGAAUAGCCACGAGCAGGUAGAGGGAGAGUUCAACUUUGAGGGAGACAAUGACAUCGCCGAGUACCUGUCCCUGGCACAGAGCCACGGUCUUAACGUCGUCCUGAGGCCUGGUCCUUAUAUUUGUGCUGAGUGGACAUUUGGGGGACUUCCUUAUUGGCUUCUCAAUAAGCCAGGUAUGGAGGUGAGGAUCUACAACAAGCCUUAUGUUGAAGCUAUUGCCAAGUGGUUCGACGUAUUAUUUCCAAUCAUCAAGCCCUUUCUUUAUGAAAAUGGUGGUCCCAUAAUUACAGUUCAGGUAGAAAAUGAGUAUGGAGCAUAUGGACCGGAUGUCUGUGAUAAGAAAUAUCUGCAGUUCCUUCUUGAUCUUAACAAAAAAUAUUUCGGCGAAAACCCUGUGUAUUUCACCAUGGACAACACAAGUGACAAGAGGUUGGAGUGUGGUGCCAUCCCUGGCCUACUGAAAGCUCUGGACUUUGGUCCUGGCAACGAACCCGCUCAAGAACUAAAGAUGUUGAGAAAAUUCCAAGCUCAUGGUCCGUUUAUCAAUGGAGAAUAUUGGGCUGGUUGGUUUGACAAGUGGGGUGGUCGCCACGCUAAUAGAAGUGCCACUAAGGUAGCCAAAAGUUUUGACGAGAUGCUUCAGCUGAACGCGAGUGUAAACUUCUAUAUGUUUCACGGAGGUACCAACUUUGGCUACACCAAUGGAGCAAUGAGCGGGAAGCCCGGUAGCUAUAACGUCAGAGUCACUUCAUAUGACUACAACUCACCUCUCAGCGAAGCUGGAGACACCACAGACAAAUACUUUGCCAUCAGGAACGUGAUGUCCAAGUAUGUGGAACUACCCCCUGGUCCCGUACCACCAAACUCUCCUAAGUGGAAAUCAUCAGUUGACAUCCAAAUGAAGACUCAGAUCUCACUCUUCGACAACUUGGAGCAGUUCUCCACAUGUGUGGAGACAAAACUUCCCUCUCUGAUGGAACAUUUCAACCAAUCUGACGGUUUUAUUCUCUACCAACUCCAAUGGUCGGGACCUCUCCAAAAUAUUUCCUUAUAUGGAGUUCACGACAGAGCCACCGUUUUUGUUGAUCGUCAGAAGAUCGGAUCAGUAAACAGAAUGGAUUUUCUGAACGGAAGCUUGAUUCUUCCGAUUGAACUGUCCAACCAACUCAACUUAAAGCCAGAUCAAGGCUACACUAUUACCAUACUAGUGGAAAACUUGGGCAGAGUGAAUCACGGAUCAUAUAUGGCAAUAGACUUCAAAGGAAUAACUAACAUGGUCCUGCUGGAUGGAGAAAACGUGAAUCUAGAGAAGUGGAGGGUGUGUCCUCUACCCCUCAACACAGUCCAGCCUGCUCUUCAGAAAGUGGAUAAUCUCCGAUACCCUCCCUCCGGCUCCCCAUUCACACCCACCAUAUUUUGUGGUUCCUUCAGAAAACUUAAUGGAGACGACACUUUCUUAGACCCCAGGGGAUGGGAGAAGGGUAUGGCGUAUCUAAACGAAGUGAACCUGGGAAGGUAUUGGCCCACGGAGGGUCCCCAGGUGACGCUGUACGCUCCAGGAGUGUACUUCAAGCAGGGUGAGAACACGGUGUGUUUGUUCGAGAUUGAAACUGCUAAUCCUGAAAACACUCUCGUCUUCACUGAUGUUCCUAUUCUGGACAAAAAGAAGCAGGGUAACAGUGAUGAUCUUGUUGAUUUUUAGUUAUAGUCUUUGAUUCUCUUCUAUUGCAUUUUGUAAUAUCUUGUGACCCACUAAUUAGAUGUAUUUAACUAUUUUUUGCAUGAGAUGUAGUUGUUUUUUGGAAAGUAUAACUUUAAUUUAAGGACACAUGAAUAUUAAAUAUUGAAUGAAAUAUUUUUGGUUGUAUAUGGGAAGAAUUAUUUAUUCAGAAAUUAUAUGAUUAUUUAUAUUAGUAAUUAUAAUCAUUGGUAAUUAAAAUUGUCGAUAUGAAUUA